AUGGAAGUUGCUUUGGGCAACGUCGUCAUGCGCAUGGCUUUUAAAGAAGGUGGAGACCCGUGGCGCAUUUCCUUGGAAAGUCAACUGGCAGUACUUUGUGGAGAGUUCACCCGUGGGUUUUCGUGGGCAAUACAGCCAGGGACGAUCCAUUGUGGAACUGCUUCUGUUGCCAAGCCCUGA